GCAGCCACCCACCGGCAGCAGUAAGUUGGGCGCUGACAACGAACACAAUCGGUAUUUUCUUUAAUCAUGAACUGUACGUUUUUAACAAGUUGUUGUGCUAUGCAGCCACCGUGGAAAUAGGUUGAGAUUUUGAAUGUGGCUCGGAAGCAGUCACAUGGUUUUUGCAUAGUCAGUGAAGACACAUCAGUGUGUGCAGAGCUGUACAGUCUGUGGUAGAGACGCGUUCACCAGGCUUUAGCUGUCAGUGUGUGACACACACAGUUUCAACGAGACCUGCUGACACCGGGAUUCCCAUCUCAGCAUGCCUCACAAGAGCAAAAAAGAAAAGGAAACUAAACCUGGAAGAUCUAAAAAGUCUGGAAGUAAAAAUGGGCCUGCAGACGACCAAGAUGGCUCCAAUAAAAAAGUGCCUCCUGCAACUCAGUUGAUGAGGGUGAAGCAGCCGGGGUCACACUCGGCCGUCAAGAGGGAGAAGAGGUUCAGCACUUCCUCCUUCCCACUCAGUGCUAACAGAGAGCUACAGAAACUGGCUGCACUGGCAGGAUCUGGCCUAAGUGGUUUCCUGUAAACUAUACACAGCUAUGCUUUGUUCUCAUACCUGGAUGAGCCUGGUGACACUACAGAGGAACCAUUGAGGUGUACAGCCCAGAGGAUGUGCAAGUUUGAGGAAGACACGGUCACAGUUGACAGCAUGUGACAAUUAAUUAAAAAUAAAUACAAAAAAAAGUUUGGUUUUUCAUUUAAAUAAACAAUUUCUGUGAGUCUUGGAAAGAUGAAUCAGGCCACAGAGAGAAAUACAAGAGAAAACUAAUUGAUUUUUGUUUCUAGCUAAAACUGUUGCCACCGGUUUCAGGAUUCAAAUUUGUGCCCUUUAUAUCUGACCAAAUACUAAAAGAGAAAGAAAGGACACGUCGAUCUGUAAGUGUGUACCCUGACAGCAUCAAAUAAAAAUGCAACGUAUAUUUCUUGAUCAUGGAUCCAAUUUGAGACUUUAUCUCCCUUUUUUCAAUUUUGAAUAUCAAGCGACUACAGACAACAGUCCUACUUGCUGCCGUGGGCAACAUGUUGUCAAUUGAAAUACAAUGCAUGU